AUGUUGAAGAUUUGGUCUAUGAAACAAAAACAGCAACAAGCUGAAAAUGCCGAAGGUGGCGCCGCGAAAAAGAAGAAAGUCACUGCCGCCCAACUGCGUGUUCAGCGAGACUUGCAAGAACUCUCCCUCGGCUCGACGAUGAAAAUGACCUUUCCCAACCCCGAUGACAUCCUCAACUUCACACUCACCAUCGAGCCCGACGAAGGGAUGUACAAAGGCGGCAGUUUCAAUUUCACCUUCAGCAUCAACCAGAACUUCCCGCACGAUCCACCGAAAGUAAAAUGCACGCAGAAAAUCUACCAUCCAAAUAUCGAUCUCGAGGGGAACGUGUGCUUGAAUAUUCUGCGCGAGGACUGGAAGCCCGUGCUCAACUUGAACGCGGUGAUUGUCGGCAUGCAGUUCUUGUUCCUCGAGCCUAAUGCAUCGGAUCCACUCAACAAGGAAGCCGCGGAGGAUUUGAGGACGAAUCGUGAAGGGUUCAAAAAGAAUGUCCGGAACUCGAUGGCGGGUGGCAAUGUGCGGGGAAAUUCAUUUGAGCGUGUUUUGCGAUAG